CCUUCACAGCCCAACCGCCCCGUUGCCACCCUGGGGUCCCGGCCCACCCAUCCUGACUCCUGCCCCGGGGUCCCCACUCAUGGCCCCACUGACCCCAGCUCUGGGCUCGCCAGUCCACCUUCAGCCUCCCUCGGCCCUGAGGGCCUGGACCCACUGUGCCAAGUGCUGGCAGAUGAAGGGUUGGACAGCGUGGCCCUCGGGAACCCCCAGCAUGCCAGGACUCCUGAGAGUGAGCAGCUGCUGGGGGCCACAGCCCCAGCCUGCCCCUGGGCCAGGCCCGUGGGGGAGGACGAGGAGGAGGAGCAGGGAGAGGAGGAGUGCCCCGUGUGCACAGAGCCCUACGGGCCCGGCGAGCACCGCUUGGCGCUGCUGAACUGCGGUCAUGGCCUGUGCGUAGGCUGCCUGCACCGGCUGCUGGGCACGGCCCCCAGCGCCGACCUGGGCCGCGUGCGCUGCCCACUGUGUCGCCAGAAGACGCCCAUGCUCGAGUGGGAGAUCUGCCGGUUGCAGGAGGAGCUGCUGCAGGCCGAUGGGCCCCAGCGCCCCCCACCCCCCACGCCACCCACCCCCCCACGCCGGGGCCCUGGGCCCUGGGCCUCCCUAGAGCACCGCUACCAGCUGCGCUUCCUGGCGGGACCCGUGGGCAGCCGAGGCUUCCUGCCCUUCCUGCCCUGCCCGCCCUGCCUGGGCGCCCGGCUCUGGGCCCUGCGGGGACGAGGGCCCUGUGCCCGCCGCCUGGCCCUGCUGGGCCUGCUGGCCCUCGAGCUGCUGGGGCUGCUGCUCAUCUUCACACCGCUCGUGCUGCUGGGGCUGCUCUUCAUGCUGCUGGACCGCUCCAGCCGCUGAG